CAGCAUUACAACAACUAAAAACAUAACCUUAAUUUAAUAAAAAGCCGGCGAGAAUUUAAUAUUCAGCACGUUGUUAUUAUAUUUUCAUAAAGAUGCCACGUAAAAAGACCAAAGCAACAAAAAGAAUUCAACCCAGCCUAGACGCUUCAGACGCAAACCACACAACAGCGGAAAGUUCUGAAGCCCCACCUGCGACGACUAUUUACGAUUUUACCGCCAAGACCCUUGAAGGCGAAGAAAUUUCAUUAGAAAAGUACAAAGGACACGUUUGCAUUAUAGUAAAUGUUGCAUCAAAAUGUGGACAUACAAAAUCAAAUUAUGAACAGUUUGUUGAACUGUAUGACAAGUAUUCAGAAGAGAAAGGAGUGCGAAUUUUGGCGUUUCCUUGUAAUCAGUUUGGGGGACAGGAACCUGGCGACUCUGAAAAAAUCUCCGAAUUUGCUAAAUCCCGAAAUGUUAAGUUUGACAUGUUUGAAAAAAUUAAGGUUAAUGGCAAGGAUGCUCAUCCAUUGUGGAAAUUUUUGAAGGAAAAAAUCCCCAGUCCUAAAGGAAAAGACAUCAAGUGGAAUUUCACCAAGUUUAUUGUCAAUGAUGAAGGGGUUCCUGUAGAAAGACAUGCUUCUAGUGUUAAACCUCUCACUCUUCUAGAAUCUCUUCAGAAGCUGUGGUAGUUUAUUAUUAUAUUUUCUGUAACUACUUAAUAAUAAAAAAAUUGUGUUUUUUGGUACAA